AUGUCGGAGAUCGACAUGUCAGUUAUUAAACCAGAGAUGAUGAAGCCCUAUAUUUGGCUUCAGACUUCGGAUGGUUCCAUCCAACAGGUGGAGCAAGAAAUCGCAAUGUUUUGCCCUUUCAUUUGUCAAGAAAUUAUACAAAAAGGCGCCGGUUCUUCCAAAAAUUGUGCCAUAUGCCUUCCUGAAAAAGUCACUCCUGCUAUGUUGAGUUUAGUUCUUGAUUAUUGUCGUUUUCAUCAAGUACCAGGUCGCUCCAACAAGGAACGAAAGUCUCAUGAUGAAAGAUUCAUAAGGAUGGAUACCAAACGACUCUGUGAUUUGACAUCUGCCGCAGACAGCCUUCAGUUGAGGCCGCUGGUUGAUCUUACAAGUCGCACACUUGCAAGAAUAAUUGAAGGAAAAUCUCCCGAGGAGAUACGGGAGAUAUUUCAUUUGCCGGAUGAUCUCACAGAGGAAGAGAAGUUGGAGCCUCUGAAAAACACAACCGAUGACCCGAGGAUAAGGCUUUUGAACCGGUUGUAUGCGAAAAAAAGGAAAGAGCUAAAAGAGCGUGGGAGAUUAAAGAAUGCUGAAUUAGAAGGAGAGCAUGUAGAUGAACGCUCGGUUGAUGAACUUUUGUCUUUUAUUAAUGGAAAUGAUGAAGAUUCAAAAGGGUCCAAAACUUCUAAGAGUAAAAAGAAGAAUAGAAGGAAAAAAGAGCAGAAGAAGAGCUCUCUUUUAACUGAAGCUUCCAAACCGAAAAAGGAGUUAAGUGGUCAUAGUUCUGUAUCUGAUAAAAUCGCUGGAACCUCAAAUAAUCAUACAGAAGAUGACACAUUUAGUCAUAAAGAGUUUGAUGAUGACGAUGAUGGAGAUGUAGAUGAUGAGAUUGAUCCUGCACUACAGGAAAAAAUUGACAGGGAAGUAGAAGAUUUUGCCCGUCGUUUAAAUUCCGACUGGCCAGAAAGGAUGCAAGAAUUUUUAUCAUCAGGGCAAGAAAGGAAGUCAACGCUUUUUGCUUCCAACGGGAAUGGUCUUCUAAGGCGAAAUAUUUGA